UGCUUUGGUAGUGACUGUGGUGUACGCCUGCAGCUGCAGCUCCAUUUUGACCCCUAGUCUGGAAGCUUUUAUAUGCCAAGGGUGUGGCCAUAAAAAAAUAGGAAAAAAAAUUUUUUUGAACUGUUAUAUCUGUGUGUAUGAUUUUGCGUUUUUGUUUAGCUUUUGGAGAUGUUUAUGCAUCAUUCAACCAGCUGAUAUUCGAUUGCACAGGUGCCAGACUAUUCUAACCUAGCAAUAUGAUGGUGAAGAAAUUGGCCAAAUUUGUCCCAAAGCUGUCAUAAACUUAUAUUGCUAGUGAGCAGUGAUUUAAUGCCUGAUGGGGACGUGCAGUAAAGAAAAAAACAGAGCAGGAUGAGGGGGUUGGAGACUGAAUACUAAGGUGUUAAUUUAUGUAGGAUGGUCAAAGGAGGCUUCUGAUAGAAUUGACCUUGAGCAUAUUAUGUGCUUCACUUAAUAGAAUCACUGAUGACUAGGAUUAGACCAGUGAAUGAAGGAAAAUACAGCAACCAAAAUCAUUUAAAAAUAGUAUUAAGAUCUUCACUAUUACAGAGCAUUAUUUCUGGUUUUCAAAUUUUACAACGGAAUAAAAUGGUAUUUGUUUUAUUUACACUUGGAACUUCUAACUACAAAGGGCUAUUCUAAAUAGGCCUGAUUCUCCAUUUUAAGAGAAGUUGUUGGAGAAUGUCACAUAGAAAAGGGUCAGUUAUAACUACUGAAAGGAGGACUGUUUAACACUUAAGGGUUUUAAUUCAUUACACUCUAAGGAAAGAAUUGAGGUUAAGGAAGGUCGCCUGAUGUUGUACACUUGUGGCCAGACAAUAAACCAGGGAGGAAACUGAAUAAGGAAAAUAUAUUCAAAGGAGAUUGAAAAAGGGCUGCAAGAACCCUGAAAACUAGUUUGAAAUUGUCUGGAAGUUAAAUCUUGAGCAGACUUAGUGGAAGCAGGAGUCAGAAGAAUCUAAUACAAGGAAAACUCCACUGUUUAAAUACCCUGUGUCACUUCCAGGAAAAAUAAAAUAAAAUUGUGACAGUGGGUUACAACUAAAUGUCAAAUGCUCUAAAACACAAGACAUAGAUACUUAGGAAUCUUGGUAAAGAGAACUAUUUUGUGCUAAGUAGAGCAAGGAAGUGUUAUUGGACCAAUGUAGUCUGUCCUAGGGCACAAUGACCUGCCCUGCAUUUGCACAACCUAAGACGGAGUGCCUCAAAAUUUACACCCUGGUUCUUCCCUUGCUGUAUUCUGCUCCUAGCCCUGUGGGGCUCAGAGGGCCUAGGAAUCUCUUCCUUGACCAUCAACCUCCUUUUCCCUCCCCACUAUUUACCUUUCCCUAAAAACCUGUAUUCCUUUGCUUUUUCCUUCCAUAAGUAAAUGUUUAAGUGCUAGAUAGUAUAAUAAAACAAAGUCCUAUUUCUAGACUGUACCUGCUUAUAUGAAAUAGCAUCAUUCUUCCAGCAAUUCAUCUUCAGAUAUAGAUGACUGAUCAUCUUCAACUCUGCAAGGCAGUGGAAAUUAAUUUGAGAAGUACAGGCAGCAGGUUAGAGGAUAGUUUGGUUUGGGCAUGUUGUGUAGAUAAAGAUCACAACCAGAUGAUGAGAAGGUAUAGACAGAGAAAUUCCUCCAAGCCAGAAGAGAAAGGCAAGAUCAGAGUCGGGGGUGUCAAGGUAGGGGCUAGCAGGUAAGGCAGGACACUCCAGAAGUUCUCACCCAAUGGCAUGGCCCAUGCAGAGGUGGAUGGUCAGAGUUCCUUACUAAUUCAUGAACCAGUCCUGAGAGGAACUAUCAUUCAAAAGCUUGUGGCAAGCAGGUAUAACCCCUCUGUGCCCCUAGAGGUGCACUGAGAAGACAGGAUCUCCUUAGAGUGGCUUGUGAAGGAUUAACAGGUUGUACUGCCUUGUUUGCAUGGCAGUGCUGGGCAGGAACAUCCUGACAGGGAUCCAUGCCUGGGUUGAGCUAACUAUCUUAAGACCUCAAGGUUUGGUGAACAACUCUCCCUCCUCCCGAAUAACAUAACUAUAUGAGUCUUGUUCUUUUUCCCAUUUUCAGUUUACUUACUGUUUCUUUUUCAUCCUCAGUCUGUUUUCCCUUCAACUUUUCCAUCCUUGGGCAUUAUCCAUAUCAUUCUCCCAAUUGGAAUGCUUAGCUGCAAAUGUAUCUCUCCUAUCCAAAUGUAAAUGAAUACAUCCUUGGAGUUCCAUAUUGAGUCUGUUCUCUAAAGCCUUUGCUAAUCUCCCAGAUCACUCACUGCUUUAUGUGCCUCAGACACAUUGUGAGCCCUCCUUUGGUUCUAGUGGGGAGGCAGUGAGAACUUGGAGUUAGGCAAAUCUCUGUUGGAAUUCCUAUCUCCAUCCUUGACUAGGUCUGUGAUAUACAGUAGAUAAAUUUCAGAUGUGUCACUGAAAAGUUGGGAAUCGAAUCUUGCAGUCCUGAUGUGUAAUAUAUGAAAAUGUACAUAGAGAGCAGGGAUCAAGGAGAGGACGCACCAAAUGUUCUUAACUAUGGUGUAGUAAAAAGAUAACACAGUUAAUGCUUAUAUACUUUGCCAGAUCCUUUUCUAAGUGUGCCAUCACAUUUAAACCUCAUAACAGCCCUAUGAAUUAGGUACUAUUAUUUGUCUACAAUUUGCAAGUGAAGACACUUAAAUAGAUUGUUUAAAAGACUUGGCUUGGGGUUCCUCUGUGGUGUAGUGGGUUAAGGAUCCGGUGUUGUCACUGCAGCGGCUUGGGUUGCUGCUGUGGCCUGAUUUCGAUCCCUGGCCCUGGCACUUACCCAUGCCUUGGGCUCAGGAGAAAAAAACACAACUUAUAAGUGGCAGAAUCUGAAUGCCAACCCAGACAGUCUGGCUCCAGAGCCAUGAUUUUAAUGACUACCUUGUAAUAGGUAUCACCAACUAGAGCCCUUCUUUGCUGAUUGAGGGGCCAAAUUGAAAGAUAGGCAGCCCACACAGGGCCAGCCAGUCAGAGGAAAUAAUCGCUAAUAUAUUUAUUUUAUAUAUUAAUAUAUAAUAUAAAAAAAUUGUAAAGACCUACUGUAUUCCUGGCACUUUGCUAAUGUGCUUUGUCUGCAUUCUUUAAUUCCCACAACUGGUAUGCAAGAUAUCAUUCUAUCUAUUUUAUAAAAAUGAGGCUUGUGGAGCUGUUGAAAGAGCACACUUUUCCCUCUACUCCUCAACCUAACUGCUGAAACGCUUACUGAGAUUAUAAAUGGCCUUCUAGGUGACAUAAGUCCAGGAGAAAUUUUUCAAUGAUUUACUCAGUAACUCUCUUUUUCAUACCCGCCUCGACGGUUUCAUACCCGCCUCGACCAUAGUUUGUUCCAGGACUACCUCUUGGACUGGUUUCUUUCCCCUGUAUCUUCCUAUUUCAUUUUCCUUGUGCUGGUCCUUAAAUGUGGGUCUUUUCCGGGAGCAUACCCACACCUUUCCUUACUCUACAUAUUCUUCCUGGAUGUGCUCACCCACUCCCUACUCCCUGGUCUCAGCUACCACUGAGAUGCUGAAGGUGGAGGAGAUUGUUCCAUGCCCUUGAUCCCAUGAAAUGAGACCAAGAUCAUUUAUAUAUUAGAGACUCCCCGUGCCCACACAAGCACCUCAAAUGCAAGUGCAUCAAGCUGAACACAACCUUUUCCUGUACCAUCCCCAACCCCGCCUGCCCUGCUUCGACCCCACCCUCCUUUUCAUUAUUUAGGUUGAGGAGCUGUCAUCCACCCAGUUACUUAAGCCUGGAACCUGAAAAUCGUGUUUGUCUUCUUCAAUCCACUCAAUAUCUAGGAGCUGUCAAUUCUACCACCCUCAUUUGAAUUUAGCCACUGCUCUCUACAGACAUGGAAAAACCCAGUAGAAGCUAAUAUUGCUCACCAGGGCUGACCAACAUAUCUCCCUCCUGGCCCACCUGCCUCCAGUCUGGGCCCUUCCACAGUUUUUGCUACCCUAGUCAUAAAUUUUUUUUUAAAGCUCAAAUAUAGGGGGUGACAUGAUCACAUGAUCAGAUUUGCCCUUUUUAUUUUUUUGUCUUUUUAGGGCCACACCCACAGCACAUGUAAGUUACCAGGCUAGGGGUCAGAGCUGCAGCUGCUGGCCUACACACAGCCAUGGCAAUGUGGGAUCCAAGCCAUGUCUAUGACCUACACCACAGCUCACAGCAACUCUGGAUCCUUAACCCACUGAGCAAGUCCAGGGAUCAAACAUGUGUCCUCAUGGAUACUAUAUUCGGGUUUGUUACCCCUGAGGCAUGACGGGAACUCCCAGAUUUGCACUUUUAACCCCUCAUUUGACCUUCAAUGCCUCAAGAUAAACUUUAAGCUCCUCAACAAGGCAUUCAAAGUGCCCUUGAAUCCUAUUGUUGUCUGCCUUUGAGCCCUAUUUUUUUCCGCUCUGACCUUGCUAUCCAGUUGCACAAAACUUUGUGGUUUCCAAAACACACUAUGGCUGGCUGAUUUUUUUCAGCAUUUAAUACUCAGCCCAAAAGUUAUCUCCAGGAAGCCUUCUGUGAUACCCCAGACUGGGUAAGGUAUAUAUCUUUAGUGCUUCUAUAUUCCCUUGUGAAUAUUUAUGUCACUUCAUUUUCAAUAUUGAUUUAUGAUAAUUCCCCUGUCUAUUUUUUCCAUUAGUUGGGAAGUUUUUGGUUGAGGGCAGAAACUAUUGCAUUUCCAGGAUCCGGCACAUAGUAAGUCCUUAGUGAAUGUCUGUUAAAUGAAUAAAUAAGUAAAUUUCCCAAGAACUGCAAAUAAGUUCUGACACAGGAACCAAAAUCAGUUGAGCUCUAAAAUUCAUGUUCUUCCCACUAAAGAACGUGUACAUGUAGAGAGUUUGGCGUCUUUGAAAAGCUGUCAUUUUAAGGGGACAAACCCUUAAGGUUUUCCUUCCAAUUAAAAAAAUUUUUCUCCAAAAUUGCAAUAGUACAUUCACAUGAUUCAGUCCUCAAACAGUAUAAAAAGAUACACAGCACCCAUAAAAAUUGAAAGCAGGAUCUUGAAGAGAUAUUUGUAAUCCAUGUUCAUAGCAGCCUGAUAUUCGCAACAGCUAAAACAUGCAAGCAACUCAAGUGUCCAUCAGUGGGUGAAUGGAAAAGUAAAAUGUGGUAUAUGGAAUAUUAUUCAGCCUUAAAAAGAAAGGGAAUUCUGCACUAUGCCACAAAAUGGGUGAAUUUGAGGGCAUUAUGCUAAGUGAAAUAAGCCAGUCACAGAAAGAUUGAUACUGCAUGAUUCCACUUAUAUGAGAUACUUAAGAGUAGUCAAAAUCAUAAAGAAAGAAAAUAUAAUGGUGGUUGCCAGGGCUAGGGGGAGGGGAGAAGGGGGAGUGAUUGUUUAAUGGAUACAGAGUUUCAGUUUUACAAUAUGGAAAGAGUUGGGGACAAAUGGUGCUGAUGGUUGCACAACAGUAUGGAUGUAUUUAAAACCACUGAACUGUAUAUUAAAAAUAGUUUAGAUGGUAAAUUUUAUGUUACGUGUCUUUUGCCACAAUAAAAACAAUUUUUUAAAAAAAUCUCAAAACAAACAAAAGAUACCAGAGUCUAGUUCCCAUUUUUCUCCUCUAUCUUUCCCAAUUGCCACUCCCCUUGUGCCAAGGUAACCAAUCUUAGUAGUUUCUCUAUCUUCUUCUGGGUUUUCUUUUUGCAAAUGCAAGCAAAUGUAAAGUUUUAUUCAUGGUCACUUCCUGACUUUUUAAAAGAUAUUAAAAAUAUUUUAAAAUUUCCUUUUUUCUGAAGUGGGGCUGUAGCAAAAAGAGCUAAUUGGUACACAGCUUGAAUGAACUCACAAGAGGGAGACUUGGAAGGAAAGAGCUAUUUGAUGAGGGUCAGAUAAUCUUUGUCUGCUGACUGCCAAGGGGGCCUCUAGGGACCAUCAUCGUCCCCCAGGACAAAGCCUGUGAUCCAGGUAUCUCCCUCAUACAGAUUUUUAAAUUUCCCAGAAUUAACUUUUCUGUGAAACUCUCCUAGGCCACUCCCCCUGAUGCAAUAUCUGGGUUUGGGCAGAAAGGAGGGUGCUGCACAGCCCGCCUCUUCUGAGCUGUCUGGGCUGGCUCCUCUUUCCAGAACAAUUUACGCUUUACAGCGACUCAGACCUCAGCCCCAACAUCUGUGUGCCGAAGCAAGGAUUGCUGAGAUGAACAGAGUGCUACAUUUUGGAAGGUAACCACGUCCCAGGUCAAGCUGAGUCUGCCACAGAUCCUCACGAUGGUUCUAGAAGAAAUCGCAGCAAGUCUGAUGUGGUUUUCCUACGCCUUGAUUCCUUGCUUGCUCACAGAUGGAGUGGCUGUUCUGCCUGCCCCACAGAACAUCUCAGUGCAGUCAACCAACAUGAAGCACGUCUUGACCUGGAGCCCAGUGAUGGUGCCUGAAGAAAUAGUAUACUAUUCUGUCGAGUACCAGGGAGAGUAUGAGAGCCUAUACAUGAGCCACAUCUGGAUCCCCAGCAACUGGUGCUCACCCACCACAGGUCUUGAGUGUGACAUCACUGAUGACAUCACUGCCACUGUGCCAUACAACCUCCGGGUCAGGGCCACGCUGGGCUCACAGACCUCGGCCUGGAGCACCCUGAAGCACCCCUUUAAUCGAAAUUCAACCACUCUCAUCCCACCUGGAAUGGAGGUCACCAAGGAUGGCUUCCACCUGGUUAUUAAGCUGGAAGACCUGGGGCCCCAGUUUGAGUUCUUCGUGGCCUACUGGAGGAGGGAGCCUGGUGCCAAGGAACACGUCAAGGUGGUGAGGCCUGGGGGUAUUCCAAUGCACCUGGAAACCAUGGAGCCAGGGGCCACAUACUGCGUGAAAGCCCGGACAUUUGUGAAGGCCAUCGGGCGGUACAGUGCCUUCAGCCAGGCAGAGUGUGUCAAGGUGCAAGGAGAGAGCCUGCCCCUGGCACUGGCCCUGUUUGCAUUUGUGGGCUUCAUGCUCGUCCUCGUGGUUGUGCCGUUCUCCGUCUGGAAAAUGGGCCGGCUGCUCCGGCGCUCCUGUUGCCCUGUGGUGGUGCUCCCCGACACCUUGAAAAUAACCAGUUCACCCCAGAAGCUAAUCAGCUGCAGAAGGGAAGAGGUAGAAGCCUGUGCAACAGCUGGGCUGUCUUCUGAGGAGCUUCUCAGGGCGUGGAUCUAGCAAGCUUGGGGCGCUGUCCAGCUGAAGCCCAGAAACCUGGUCUGCAGGACCCAGGAGCCAUGAGGGGAAAGGCCAUGCUUCUGUUUCCUCCAUGGACAAAGGAAGGACAAGAAGAGAAGAGCCACUGUGUCCAUGUCUAGAAGCAACUGUCAGAGGCAGAGUGGUGUGGCUGAUGGAGCCCUGAGUCGGGGUCAGGAGAUGUGACCUCCAGCACUGGGUCUCUCUGCCGUCCACUAGUGGGGUGACCCCGGGGGAAGUGACUUGGUCUCUCUGCUCCUCGGUUUUCUCAUUUGUAAAACAGGGAAUUCACUGCACAACCAUUAACCCUAUGUAUAUAGAUACACAUUCUCUCUCCACCACUUGCAGGGCUAUAGGGAAAUUGGCAACACUGUAUAUUGUGAUGGGUUAAGCUUUUCUGAGGAGCAGUAGAUACGUGUGUAAUGAGAAUGAUCUAAGGCUCUUUGCACCAGCCGGCUUGGAGAUCUCACUUCCCUAGAGGAAACCUUGAAGAGGAAAGGAAGGAUGGGUCCAUCUGGAUUGAUUUCACUUCAGUCAAAUGCCCUUGCAGAGGGGACCAAAUGUCUCAGCCAGUUUUACCAUCUGUGACCCGCAGGGAGGCCACAGCCCCACUGAAAAUGGGAUGCACUCAGAUGGUACAGACACGGGAAAUGCAGCACAGGGUAAACUGUGUGCACUGAAGACAGCAGGUAAACUGCACACACACGAGAUGAGACUGCCCAAGGAUGUCGGUGAUAAGUGUGAUGUUUGCUGUGUUCCUUUUUCCUGUAGAGUUGUGAAAGGACAGAAUGAAAAAUAAAGAGGGAUCAUCUUGGGUAA